AAUUUAAAAACACAUCAUUUCUGUUCUGUUCUGUUCUGUCUAUCUUAAGUUACAGCACAAUCAUCCCAGGUAAAGUUUCGGCCUUUUUCAUGAGAUCUAUGUGAUGAAAUCAUGAUAAAUUGAUGUGGGGUUUUGUUCUUUUUUCAUGUGAUUGAAUUGAUUAAACCCACGUGGGAUUGUUGCAAUUUGAUGGUUUUGUGUGAUAAAGUCGGAGUCUUGUUGCAGAAUUUUAGAGCUUUGUUGUUGUUGUUGUUGUUGAAUGUGAAAUGACAAUGGAAGGGGUUGGGAGAUCAGAGUUGAGGAAGUUGCAGAAGGAGCAAGAAAGAGAACGACGACGUUUGAGGGAUAGACAAAGAAGACAAUCCAUGAGUGUUGAAGAGAGGGAAAAACAUCUUGCUAGACGUCGAAGAAAUUACCAACUCAGAAGAUUAAGAGCUGGAAUUGGAACUGGAACUGGAAUUGCUUCACCUCAAUCUCAACAGGAACAAGAACAAGAACAACCAACUCCCUCAACCGAUCCUAUUACUGCACAAUGUAACAAUCAUUUUCUUGCUUUUGAGUCUCUUCAAGCUAUCACUAACUCUCAAAGUUUGGAGGUUCCAGUUCAUAAAUUGGCCCAGUUUUCUGGGCAGCUAAGAUUGAGUCAUGUAAAGAAUCUUGCACGGUCAUUGAAUGGUCAUGUUGGUGAGAGUCAUGUGAUGAUUAAGGCAAAUGAAGUUUCUACUGAUAAAAUGGCUAAAGGGUUGAGGUUAAAUCGUGUUAAAAAUCUUGCACGGUCUCUGAAUUCUGCUGUGAAAGGGAGUUCCAAUCAAACCACCCCAGACGGAUAGGAAGGAUGAGCCUCUUUCUGGUGCUAAUUUGGUCUGCAACAUAUGAGGAUGAAAUUUUUACUUGGCUUUCAUAAUGUCUUGAUUGAGGAUGUUGUAAGUUGCUUAGAGAGUGCAAAUUUCAUCUGAGCCUUUGUAUAUAGCUGGAUUGAAGAAACAUCAUAUUGGCACUUCUAAGGAUGAAAACUGCUUAGCAAGCCUUUCCUAAAUCCAAAUGUCUUACUGUGCUAUUCUUCCUCAAUGGAUUAAAUUAGUUUCGGGAAUUGGAUGUAACCUGUAAACAUUGUAACAUGUCAGUUUUUAGCUAAGGAUUGGAUGAAUUGUUUACCUGUGUUUGUUUCUAUACGAACUUUGGGUGAAUCACCCCCUAAAUCCUACAUCAAAAGCACAUAUUUUCCA